CAUGAAUAUUGAUUUCAUCGUUCCUUAUAUUAAAUCUAUCGUUAUUAUAAGCUGGCUAAUAGAGACUUGAAGAUCUAAUGCACUUAAAGAUUAUUUUGUUUAAUAACUUAAGGCGAUUAAUCUAUGAGAUUAUUGUAGGAUUAAGUCCCGAUUACGACAUCAGAUCUCGGAGAUAGUGCAGUAUUGCAUAGUACCUACUUGCGCUAGUGAAACAAAAGCGUUACUGCCCAGCGAUUUGCUACUAUUGUCCUCAGGAGAUCAGUGGGCCGUAACCAAACGAUGAAUACUGUAUAUACAAUAUACAUUACUCUACAAAUCACCGUGUUAAAAGGUUUCAGCACAUUAGCACAAACACAAUGCAACCUGUCACCGUGCGAUGUACUAGACAUUUUCACUAAAGGCCAGAAAGCCAGUCAACCAGUAAACAUGGGUUGUACUACAGAUCUUCACUGGCGAAAGCUUGACCGACGGCUUCAAGCUAUUGAACAAUCUGUUUGGACCAUCAGCUUCGGCCAAUCUCGUUGGCGCCAAUGUUCCAAGCCUCCAUGCAGAUGUGAUGCGACACACCGCUCCCUCAAGUGCUGGCGGGCUGGCCUUACCUCGCUCUCUCCUGAUUUGACCGUCCCAGCUGAUUUAAAUACCAUUGAUCUGGGCACAAAUAAACUGCGAACUUUGCACAAGACUACAUUCAAAGGAAUGCGCUCAUUAACUGAAUUGGACAUGUUUGACAAUCAUAUGGAGUUCCUUCCCGCUGGGAUUUUCGACUCCCUCGCCAAUUUACGGAUACUUCGUUUGCAAAGGAAUUAUUUGGAGGAAAUCAGUAGCGAUGCUUUUCGCUAUACGAAGAAAUUGUUCCACGUGGAUUUAUCAAACAAUUUCCUAUAUACACUUCCGGAGCGUCUAUUUGUGAACAAUUCUUACUUGGAAACAGUUGACAUUUCUAAUAAUCAAAUUGUUUAUAUACCAUCCUUCACGUUUAUUGGACUCAAGUCAUUGUUAAUUCUUGAUUUAUCGAAAAAUAAAAUUCAACAGAUAGAAAAUGGAACCUUUGUAUUAAAGAGUCUCCAAAUAUUGAAACUCUCAGAUAACAAAAUCAGUAAUAUCACAGAAAAUGCAUUUGAGAAUCUGUCUUCUCUUGAGACAUUGCUGUUAGACAAAAACAAUUUGAUGAAUAUACCUAGCAAUUUAUUUUGCAAUCUGCAUUGCUUGACCUUCUUGGAUUUAUCGAACAAUCACUUAAUAAGUUUGACAGGUCUCGAAUUCCAAAACUUGGGGCAACUUCGUAACUUGGAUUUAAAAGGCAACUUUAUAUCAGAGAUUCCGGACGACAUUUUCGCCAACUGCUCAAAUUUGGAGAAACUGGAUUUAUCUAAAAACAAAUUACGCUUCCUGAACAUCUCAGCAUUUCAGGGCUUACAAAAUCUUACAUCCCUCAUACUCUCUGACAAUCAAAUCUACGAAGUAAAUUUCAAAACGUUCUCUACUUUGAAGAAUCUCACUACGUUGUAUCUGGACAGCAACAUGUUCCCAUCCUUGCCAUCUCGCACCUUCGACUACCUGCCAAAGUUGGCGAAUGUCAAACUAUCCAAUAACCCCUGGCACUGCGACUGCCAUGCUCUCUACGUAUCUGCAUGGGUACGUUUAAAUGAAAUGAAAAUAUGGGACUAUUCGCCUACGUGCGUGUCGCCUUGGUACCUUGAAGGUCAUUUUCUGAAGAAACUGAAAUUCCCAGAACUCUGCACUGGCCAAUGGGCCAGUAUGGUAAAUCUCUCUCCUAGAUUGCCAAUGCAGCAGCUGCUGUCACUUAAUAUUAGCGUGAACCAGAAACCGCAGGAAAGUAUGGAGCAAAUUGACGUUGAUAUGGACGAUUGGAAUUAAAGCCUAUAUUGGAACUAACGAAAAACUCAGCGAGCGACGGCUUCGUGGAGCUAAAGCAAAGGCAAGGCAGGACAUGAUGAACGCUCGCAUGAAGCUUUACGAUGUAAUAAGUUACUACUCUCCUACUCGUAUGUUACGGAUGAGAGCCGAAGUGCGGUCACACCUAGUUUUAGCCGAAAACUUCUAGUUGCGGUUGAUACCAGUUGGUUAAACUGUAUUGUGCAUUGGUAGAACUCGACACUAAAAUGGACUACGCCAAAGACUCCCUUCUCCCCUCUCGUCCCUGCAUUCAAUCUAAAUUAUUUCACCGUCCUUGCAUUCGAUCUAAAUUAUUUCGCUCCUUCGAUCUCAUUCGCUCUACUUGGUCUUGAAGGCUUAAUUCAUUCAGGUCCUCCUAUGCGAACAUCUGGCGUCACGCUUUACAAAAACACUCUAAAGGUAAAGCAGACAAGACUGGGUGGAAUCAGGGUUAUCAGAUUUCUCUUAGGAUAGAUCUACAAUUUGUGAAGUAGCAGUCAAAUGGCUCAUUUACUUUAGAUCGUUUUGACCGAUUCAGUUGCAGCCCGUAUUCGGUUAUCGACUAGUAUAAACGGGUUUUCGGUUAGCCGUAUUCGACCGCAGACCGCUUUCUUCUUCAAAAUUUCUUGUAUUAUCGCACACAGUUAAAAUUCCUUGUCGUAACACAGUAUUAUGUCGGUCCAUGAUGAUGCUUUGAACACGAGUGUACACAUUUUAGCUGGAUGCAGUCACUGAAUCUGAUAAAACGAAAACUUAAACGAAUGCGGCGACCAACUUAAUAUAAACGCGCCAAAAUGCUGUUCAAAUGUAACCGACUACACCUAGUCUCAGCGGUGAAUAAACAGGUUGUACCUAGUUUAGCCAACUGCUAUCAGUCGCACCUAAAUGUAGCCGGUUAAAACGAGGUUAACCGCACUUUGGCUUUUAGCCGUAACAAGUACAAUUGUAUGAAAUACUCCAAACGGCGCGCGACUACAGGAUGAUGGCUUCGACGCGCGUCGCCAAUAUAAACAAAUCUUUUUUCAGUAUCAUUCAAUUCCUUAUAUUACAAUAAUUACAACUACUAGAAACCCUGUCGGAAACGUUCCGUCGCGUGUUUUGUUUGUCUUUAAUAAAAUAUUGUUUUUGUA